AUGGAGCCACAUAAUUUACAGGCGGCAUCAACUUACAUUAAUAAUGUGCUUCUUGCUCGGGGUCUGCUCAAAAGUGGCAGAGCGAUCGACUUCGCUCAACCGGAGAAUGACGAUGGAGGAAUCGAUGGUACAAUGGCAAGAAUCAUCAACUUGGUUAAUGAUUUGGUCUUGAGAAGAGAUCGGGAAGCAGAGCAUCGGGAGAACCUCGCCACCACGAUUCGGACAUUGCGCGCCGAGGACUCACAGAAGAUGCUUGAGAUUGAAAAAUUGAAAACGAAGACGUCCGAAUUGGCCCGGUCGCUGGCUCUGUCGGAAGCCCAAGAACGUGCCCUGAAAACGAACCUGUCCAGCACCGAUGCGACGAUUAGAGGACUCAAAGAGCAGAUACAACGCAUGAAGAUCGCUGUACAACAAGUCCGCGCACAAUGCGCCAAUGACAUCCGCAAGCGCGACUUGGAAAUGCAGAAGCUGAAAUCGCACUUGGCUGAGCGACAGAGAGGAAGACGGGAAGGACUGGGCGUGACGACAAUCAACAUCAACCCCGCGGUCGAUCGAACGUCCAAAUCAAGGUCUCUUGCCGGUGGAGAAGGAGUCAAUGAUCCCGGGUACAGCUUGAAGCAGGAAACGAACGAAUUUUUGACGGAAUUGUUGCAGAGCUUGAGCGACGAGAACGAUACGCUGAUUGCGCUUGCGCGCAAUACUGUUCAAACUCUGCGAGAUCUACAAGGGUUGUCGCAGAUGGAGGAAGAGGACGAGCAGUACUCAAACGCAUCGGCAAGCACACGGGGCAUGAGGUCGUCGCAUGGACCUGUCACUACACUUCCUUCAUCCUGCGAGAAGCUAUCGGGUCAAAUGGACAGAGUGCUCGAGCACCUGAGGACAUUGCUCACUAACCCAUCCUUUGUACCUCUGGAAGAGGUCGAAGUCCGCGAUGACGAAAUCAAGCGUCUACGAGAAGGAUGGGAGAAAAUGGAGACUCGAUGGAAACAGGCCGUUACCCUCAUGGACGGCUGGCACAAGAGAAUUGCCGACGGAGGUGACUCGGUGCGAGCAGAGGAACUCAGGCUGGGGUUGAAGCUCGACCUCAGCGUCGACUCGAUGCAAACAUCCACGGCAGAUGGUGGGGUCGACACAACCAUGCAGUCUCCCAUAUAUGAAGACCAACAGGCGGAGGAAGAGGCGGAGGCCGCAGUCAAGGUGGCCAAGUAUAAUACAGAGCGAGACGAGACUGGCGACACUACCACCGGCAAACUAGCCUCGCCACGUGAACGGAAAUCUCGCAGACCUACCAGUCGUGCUCUGAAGGAGCGCAGCGAUAACAUCAUGUCUGGGCGAUCGCCUCGGAAAGUGUCCUUUACACCUGGACUGCAAGGCUCGCCUUGUGUAGCGACUGGCCAGGAAGACGAGACAUUGGAGGUCAAAGCUCACAAAUCCGAGGCUGUGACUCGGAGGCCAUCAAAGAAAAAGGUAGACCCCAAGACGUCGCGUCAGGGUCCCGAGAACGAGACACAAUUGAGCGUAUCGCAGAAGCUAGCAGCUGCCGAAAGCGAAGCGCGAGCCGCAGAAGACGCUCGCAAGGAGUCAGAAAGCCGAAAGAGAACUCGAGGGGUGAUAAGCUCCAAGAAAGGGACUCGUGACCGACGGAGAAGCACAUUGACCAGCGACGAGCUCGGAGAGCUGAUGGGCAUGCCGUCGCGAUGA